UCCAGUGACAACAAGAGACAGGGCGACGAGGGAUUCGGCUGGUGGAAGAGCUAAUCCCUAAAAGACUAAGGUGUGUUGCAGAAUGGCCAAAGAGGACAGCCCAAGUGCCUCAAAGGACUUGCAGGAGCUGCAGAGGAAGCUGUCUUUGCUCAUAGAAUCUGUCCAGAAUAACUCGAAGAAAAAAAGAAAAAUCAGUAGAAAAAUAUAUCCAUGGGUGGUUGCCUUCAUGAAGUCUCCAGUGGGCCAGUACCUGGACCGCCACCCUUUUGCGGCCCUCACCUUGCUGGUGUUUGUUGUAAUGUCGGCCGUUCCUGUUGGCUUCUUCCUGCUCCUCGUGGUACUUACCUCCCUGGCUGCCUUUGUGGGCGUCAUGUUACUGGAAGGGCUGGUCAUCUCUGUGGGCGGCAUCGCGCUAUUCUGCGUCCUCUGUGUCCUGGGCUUCGUGUCACUCUCCGUGUCAGGGACGAUCAUCGUGUCCUACGUGGCAAUGUCCAGCCUCAUCAACUACUGGUUUUCUCCCAGCCCUGCUCUUUACAGAGGCCCUAGAGCUGACCAUUUGCUCUCGUCACGGAACAGACCACUGACACAGAACCCCAGCGAUGACGCCAGCCGGCCGUGAAGUCUGCAGGGUUGCAGGGGCCCUACCAGGAACGCCGACGGGCAGACGGAGCCUGUUCCCAGUCGUCUUUGGAGGGUUGUCGGAGCAUACAUGCCGCUGGGAUUACGACGCAGAGGGCCCUGCCGUGGCCCUGUGAGAACUGCCCUGCUCAGCAACUCGGCCACUCACCCCUUCUCCCCAUGAGGCAGACUUGCCUUUGGCAGUUUGAGCCCCUAGAGCCUGGCGAUGGGACCCCAAGGUUGACUUGACCCAAGGAUCUUGUGUCCAAGGGCCCAAAUGGAGCAAAUGUGGAUUGUUUUUUAUCUCUUCCUUUUUUUUUUAGAAAUGGGAGGAGCUGUUUAUUUCUCCACUGGUUUGAAACAAGAGUGGGGGUGAGAAAUAUCCAAACCAGAGCAAGCUCUUCGGUGUUAUUAGCUUUUUAUCAGAAAGAACAGCAACAUUGGACAAUAAUGGACUCUCAAAGUUAGAACAGCCUUAAUUUUAUAGUCAAGAGCAUUUUUUCAAAAGUCUAAAGGAAUAGUAUCCACUGCUAACUCCUGUGAAGUGCUUUUACUCUUUGCACUUGAUACUUUUGUAUUGUUUUAAAGAACUUGUCCUGUUAAGCCAUUUUUUAAAAAAGUUCUAUGAAAACGCUAAAGGACUACAGAAAUUUUUAAAAUUCUAUGGAAUUUCUACUUCAGUGGUUUAUUUGCUGUGGCAUUUUAUUCAAUAAAUAUUUGUUUAGAUUUUCA